AUGAAUUAUAAACCAAUAUCGAAUGAUUAGCAUUCCUUAGACAUCGGAGAAGAAGAUGGAGAAUUGGAUAUUGUAGUCAAGAGAUAGGAAAAGCCAAAGUCUAAUUAAAAGUCGCUAUUAAUAUGGAUUGUCAUUGUCACAUUUCUUGGUGCUAUUCUAAUAUAUGUUGGUUAGAGUGAUUGGACAACAAAUGGCAAAAAUAAAACAGAUAAAAAUAAAAAUUUUAAUUUCACAAAAGUGAAUAAAACAAUCAUCCCUGAUUUAAAGGAAAAAUAAGCAGACAAUUUGGAACAUUAAGAUUAAUUGAAUAAUACUGUUAAGGAAGAUGCAACAAGGAAUGUUACAGAAGGAAAUUCGGAUAAAAUCAAUAAAACGUUUAGUGAUGUAAGUAGAGUAGAAGAUCAGCAAGAGAACUAAGAGGAAGAGAAAAAUAUUGAUUUUGAAGAAUUAUAAAAAUAAACAGAUUAAUUAAAUAAGGAAAUUAAAGAGUAUUUCAAACACAAGAAUGAAACAGAGAAUUAGGAGACAGUCGACGUAGCUUCUAAAGAUCCAAGAUAUGGUGAAGUUUUAUGCGAAAGCGGUUAUUAUAUGAAUAGAGAUGAGAAGAAAUGCAAAAAAUGUGAAGAUAGAUGUGCUGAGUGCAUGCAUAUCAUUGGAACCUGUUAUAAAUGUUAAAGUGAAUUUUACUUAAACAAUUAUGGUAAAUGCAUCUAAAAAUGUGAAGGAAAGCAUGAUUCAAGUAAUCUAUUGUUGUCAGAUGACAAUAAAAAUUAAAGCAUCCCUAUUUGUUUAGGCAAUCAACAUACAUCAUCACUCUAUAUGUCAGUUUAAAAGUCUAAAAAUACUCACUUUGUUUUGCCAUACUUGAUCAUUCAUCCAGCCACUAGUGUUUCAUUAAUGUAUCAUAACAAUUUCCCUCUUGUUUAUUAUUUCAACAAAGACAUAUUCAAUUUUGAGGAUGGGAUGAAAUUGAAUGAAAUUAUCACUCAAGCCCAAGAAAAAUAAUUGAUCGUUAUCAUUAUAGGAGCUCAUACUCUAUACGAUUUCUCUUUGUUUAACACUUUUUUAUUCUAAGAGGCUUUGCAAAAUAUAGAGCUUUUGGUGAAAGCAAAAAGUUCAACUUUCAGAUCCUUUUUUGGUUAAGAUUACAAUGCAUACGGAGUAAUUAGAGAAUACUAAUCGCAGUACAAGAAUAAUUCUGUCGAUUUAGUCAUAUCAGAUGACCCUGUAGAAAUCGAUCACGAAUACUUGGAAUCUAAUUUAUUGGUGACUCAUGAAUAACAUUACACUGACUAUAAUUUUGAAUCUUUACAAGGAGCUUAAUCACAAAAAACUACUGUGAUUUUGUUAUUCCACACUAAAAAUGAAUAAGAUCAAAAGGAUUAUUGUUCAAGAUUUCUUUAUGUAUCUUUCUUGCAAUGUGCAGUAAGAGAUAUUAAAAUAGAUCACAUUUAAAGAAUGAGAUAAGGGUUUGAAUUAAUUUCGUAAUUUGUUGUAUAACCAGAUUUAUGA